UUGCUUUUAGUCUAAAGCCGUAGCGUUGGGCAUCUGCCUACUCAUCUGUGCGCUGACUGUCGCAGCCAGUCGCAGUCAGCGAGUCUUAGAUGAUUUUCGUGCAUUUAUGGUCAGUUUCAACGAUUUCGAUAUAUUUUGACGCUGUUCAAACAUACGUGUUUUGUUGGGUAGAUAACAUAAAAAUAAAAUUGUCAUUUAAUACCACCAUCUUAUAUCUUUAUACAUUACGAAGGUUAAUUUGCUCAUUGACUGAAGGAACUUUUCCUUCUAACAACAAAAAAAUGGCACAUUAUAAAGGAGCUGCCAGUGAGGCUGGCAGAGCUAUGCAACUUAUGAAAAAGCGUGAAAUUGCACAACAGGAGAUAGAAUUGCGAAAAAAGAAAAUUGAAGAUGACCUUAAAAUUCAUAACAUUGAAAAUAAAUUUGCUACGCAUUAUAAUGCUGUGGAACAGCAACUCAAAACGUCUACGAUCGGUCUUGUUACUUUAAAUGAGAUGAAGGCAAAACAGGAAAAUAUUGUGAAGGAACGAGAGAGAAAAUUAGCACAAAAAGAAAGAGAAAAGGAGCAGGAGAAAGAACGAGCGUUAGCUGCUAAACAGGCUGAGAAAAAUAAGCAAAAGAAACAAAUACAAGCUCUAUCAUUCAAUCUGGAUGAAGAAGUUGAAUGCUCCGAUGAGGAUUCAGAUGCUAAAUCUGAAAAAUCGAAUAAAUCAAAGAGUAGUGAUAGUUCUGUGUCACCAGUGAAAAAAAUUAAGAAGAAUCCUGAUGUAGAUACCAGUUUUCUACCAGACAGAGAAAGAGAAGAAGAGGAAAAUAGAUUAAGAGAGGAGUUAAGGCAAGAAUGGGCUAGGAAACAGAAUGCUUUGAAGGAAGAGGAAAUUGAGAUUACUUUCAGUUACUGGGAUGGAUCAGGCCACAGAAGAAGUGUUAUAAUGAAAAAAGGUAAUUCAAUAUAUCAACUUCUCCAACGAUGUCUGGAGGUAUUAAGAAGAGAAUUCAGCGAGCUCAAGACGGUAAUGGCUGAUCAACUGAUGUACGUCAAAGAGGAUUUAAUAUUACCACAUCAUUACACAUUUUAUGAUUUUAUUGUGACAAAGGCUAGGGGAAAAAGUGGUCCUUUGUUCACCUUCGAUGUUCAUGAUGAUAUUCGUGUAAUGCAUGACGCUUCCGUUGAAACGGAGGAGUCCCAUGCUGGCAAAGUAUUACUUAGAUCUUGGUAUGAAAGAAACAAGCACAUCUUCCCAGCUAGCAGGUGGGAACCUUUUGAUCCUACAAAAAGCUACGACAAGUACACUGUGUCGGAUAAAAAUAAGAAGAAAGACAAACUUUAAGAAAGUUAAGUGAAUUAUGUUUAUUUGUAUAUAACACACGUUCCAUUUCAACAGCAAGAUGCAAUUAGAUGAAAUUUCGUAAGGAGGUGAUUAUAUCCUAAAGUGUUUCUACGAUUCUCAAAAUUGUGUCUUCUAUUUUGUGCACACAAAGAAUCGGUGAUGGAGCAAUAGUGGCCAAAUCAUAUCUGAUAAAAUAGAACAAGUUUCGAACAGUACAUCACAAAUGAAAUGAACCAGGGUGUAUAAAUUAUCUUUAAUCUUUUGAAUACUGGUCCAUAACAUAAGACGUAAGAAAAAAAAACAGAUACACUGCCUUGUAGUCGUAUGAUGAAUGGAUUUGUUAUUAUGCAAUCAGGGUUUCCUAUGUGUUAUAUCUCAUUAGUACUGACACACAGAAUGAGAAACCUGUAUAGUUAAUAGCAUACAAUUCAAUUAAAAUAAUGUAUAUGAAAAUGUUGGAUAUAGAAUCGAAAUAAAUAUAUUUCGUGGGA